GUCAAGGAAAUUGUCGAAAUUAUUUGACAAUUCUGGAAAAUUCCCGUGAAAUCGUGAAGCAGUUUUGGUUAUUGUCAAUUUCUUUUUUUGUUUUAAUCGUAAGAAGAGUGAUAAUUACAACUGUAAAAGGAUUGGAGCACAAUGCCACAGGAAAGGGGAAGACUCCGUAGGAGUCACGGAGAGUCAAUGCGCGAAGAACUGGCCCGUUUGCGCCGAGAAAAUGAACAACUCCGGGACCAAAUUGAUCAAAGAAGAGAGCAUAGGCAGGAAACUAUGUGGAAGCCGACUUCAUCAGAACUAAAAGAUAUGGUGCCCAAGUUUCGCCCUGGAGAAUCUGUCCACAUGACAGCAGAGAGAUGGGUUAAAACUCUGGAGGAUUUGGCAUCCAUGCACCGAUGGAGGCCAAAUCAGACCCUUCACUAUGCAUACGUGAGGCUCAGGGGUGCCGCUUUGGAUUGGUAUGAGUCUAAGAGGGCUGAGUUGACGGAGUGGGAAGUCUUUAAACGUCGUAUUUUGGAGGCUUUCCCAGAUACGACUGAUUGGACAGUGACACAGCAGAAAAUGAUGUCAAGGCAAAAGAAGGACAGUGAAUCUAUGGAAGACUACGUGUAUUACAUGCAGCUACUUGGAGAUUCGAUAAAAAUGCCAACUUCAGCCAUCAUUAAGAUGAUAGUAAGUGGUCUGACGGAUCCAGCGAUCAAGUCUCAUGUUGCUAUGGGGGAGUGCGACACAGUCGCAAAGCUUUUGGUGAAACUCAAAGAAGCGCAAUCUGUGGUGAAAUUGGAGGACGCUAGGAAGCACUUUUUGUCAAACUCAGAGAAGAAGGAAGAGUUGGGAAAAGAAUUUUGGAAAGAGAGGGAAGAAAGCUGGGAGCCUCAAGAAAAGAAGAAGAAGAUUUCUCUGGAUGAACAUCACAAAGAGGAAGCAGAAAGGUCUAGGGGUUACAACAAAGACAUAGUGUGUUUCUGGUGCAGGGAGAAGGGGCAUAUUGCCCGAAAAUGCCCGAAGGAUAAUUCCUAAUUACCGAAUUGAAGCGAUGAGGGGAGCUAUCGCUCAAGAAAAUGAAUUUUGUGAGACCGCCAAUUUAAAGAUGCUGAUAGUUGAAUUGAUAAAGGUAGUAAAGAUGUCUACGCAUUGAAAGGUUUCAUGUAUCAAUAUGGCGUGAUUAAGACAUGGUUCGAUUUAUGAGGAAAAGAGGUAGUGAUAUCCUUUGUUAUUCCUGCUCUUGGUAGGAUGAGUAUGGAAUAUGGCUUGAUUUUUUUGAAAAGUGUUGCAGUUAAUCAAUUUCAAAAGAGAAAAUCAUUUAAAUAUUGAGAGUUUAUGAUGAAUUGAUUGAAUUAAAGUUUGUAGUUCAAAAUUCUGUAUUUGU